CAUCGCUACCACCACCGCGCUACCAUCGAGCAUCCACCUCCACCUCUGCCUCUCUACGAAGCAACGAUGAGGAUUCUGCAGCUUCGGCAAAGUCGUUUGAAGAAGUCAGUCGACGGUUGUACGUCCUCGCGAUUCGGGGAAUAGCGGUCGGGGGAAGAGAGAAGAAAGAAGCAAAGGAAUCGCAGUCACUGUCACCAACUGAGAACCGCCUUGUCUUCUAGCCAGGGGCUGCCGCAAACAACGUUCUUUUCUCCUUUCUCUUCCGUCUCGCCUUCUUCCUCGUUGUUCGUCUGUCGUCUCUCCUGUCCGGAACCCUUUUUCGCUGUUUUCCGCUUCGCUGUUGGUUCGUUCCGCUUCUGCCACAAGGAAGAUGCGCUGAGAGCUGAUCGACGAAGAAUGUCGAUGGAUGAGACGCAUGGAGGCAGCAUGGUUUCCGCAAUCCUUUCCUCGAUCGUGCUUCUUCUCCUGCUCGGACGCACCGCAGACGCUCAGAGGAGUUUGGAGUUUUUCGAUCUGCUGCCGGAAGAUCCUAAACUGUACGAUAAAAUGCGACCGCCAAAGAAAGAUGGACAGGCGACUAUCGUUUAUUUCCAUGUUACUGUUAUGGGUCUUGAUUCCAUAGAUGAGAAUUCAAUGACCUACGCAGCUGAUAUAUUCUUCGCUCAAACUUGGAAAGAUAACAGACUACGGUUGCCAGAAAAUAUGACAUCUGAAUACAGAUUGCUGGAAGUCGAUUGGUUGAAGAAUAUGUGGCGGCCGGAUUCGUUCUUCAAGAAUGCCAAAUCGGUGACUUUUCAAACGAUGACUAUACCGAAUCAUUACUUAUGGUUGUACAAAGACAAGACUAUUUUAUACAUGGUCAAAUUAACGCUGAAGUUAUCCUGUGCCAUGAACUUCCUGAUCUAUCCUCACGACACGCAAGAGUGUAAAUUACAAAUGGAAAGCUUAUCGCACACGACGGAUGAAAUGAUCUUCCAAUGGGAUCCUGACGUGCCACUCGUCGUCGAUGAAAACAUUGAGCUGCCACAGCUGCAACUGGUUAAGAAUUACACGGCCGACUGCACGCAAGUCUACUCUACUGGUAACUUCACUUGCCUCGAGGUAGUGUUCGUCUUGAAACGUAGACUUGGCUAUUACUUGUUUCAUACUUACGUUCCUACCUGUCUAAUCGUUAUCAUGUCGUGGGUUUCCUUUUGGAUAAAACCGGAAGCGGCGCCAGCCAGGGUAACGCUAGGUGUAACUUCCUUGCUGACCCUUUCGACGCAACACGCGAAGAGUCAAGCUUCUUUGCCUCCUGUUUCGUACUUAAAGGCCGUGGAUGCGUUCAUGUCGGUUUGCACGGUCUUCGUGUUCAUGGCGUUGAUGGAGUAUUGUUUGGUCAACAUCGUCCUCGGCGACUCGGAUACGCCUCCGAAACCAGCGUCCCCGCCUCAGCCGCCAUCUUCCAGCGGCACCGAUGCCGCAAAGCUCGAUAAAAUUUUCGACAUCGCUACUAAGGAGAACACAAUAUUAUUAUCCGGCCGAUCGCAGAAAUCGACAACCGGUCCACCGCCAGGCCCUACACCUGCCCAAAGGGCGCGAAUGCGUGCCCUCAACAUCGAUCGAGUCUCGCGUGUCUUCUUCCCUUUCUUAUUCGCCGUAUUAAAUGUAACUUACUGGAUAAUGUUCGCCGAGUACAUUUAAGCUAUCGUGGAAACCGAUUGCAACGAGCUCGAACAAAUAGAAACGGAAACGUCGAUGUUGAAAAACGAGAUAUCAGACGAAAAGGAAGAGACGACGCUGGAAGAAGAUACUGAAACGAAUUCUGAUCGUAGCUAUAUUCUUCAAGGAUACGGCCGAAUACAAUGUUUUGAUUGAGAAAGUGUUACAGAUCGAAAGUCGAUUCUGAAAGUGAAUCUUCAUUGAUAUGCUUGUUUUUGUUCAGGUCGUUGCUCUAAUUGAUAGAACAGUGGUAGAGAUCGAGGGUUUCAAGUUGCAUAGAGUAGAUGGAAGAAUCUUGGUACAAUGAAGAAGAACGUGUAGAAGCAAUAAACAAAAGCGUUCUCUUCUUAUAAAAAGGGAACGUUGCUCAAAGUAUUUUGAAAAAUCUAAAAAUCGGAAAAAUUGUUGAGGUCUUGUAUAUAUAAUUUUAUAGAGUUUAUGUUUGAAUGGAAGUAAAAAGUAUCAAACUUAACUCUUUCUUUGUGGACAAAAAUUGACUUUCUUCUCCAUUGCACCGUUAUUUUCAACCCACUCUACUUAAUGAAUACACGUGAUAUAUACUUCGUAUAAUAAAAUCCAUUGAUUACAAAUAUAAACUGUGCGUUCAUUUAUCGAAUCGUAACUCAAAGGAAAAUGAGAACAAAAUAACGGCAGAAAAGUGAUACGAGAAAAUAAGCGAUCGUUAAUUGUAUUCUUUUAAAGGCAUCGAUUAAUACGCUGUUUUAUCCUUUUCAUUACGAGCGAACGAAAGGAGAAGAAAAAAAAGAGAAAAAAGAUACGUGAAACAGUAGUCAACGGUGAUCGAUGCGUCUGAGUGAAUAUUAAAGGCUGUAUGACUGUAUCGAAGAAUUUGCAUAUAUAUUCGUUCAUGAUAAGUGGAAUAUGGAACUGUUUGAAUGCACCGUUUGACCUGUUCAAUAAUUUCACAAUCGUUUCACGUUAGAUUACAAAAAGUGAAAUAUUGAGAAAGCAUAUUAAAAUAUUCGAGAAUCUACUAUUAAAUUGUUUUAAAUUUAUAACUAUACUAUUGUUAAAAGAUAACACGUGUUUUGUUGUAAGAACUUAAUCAUUGGUGAUAAAUGUCGCUGAAUUAAUUGUUAAUAAUUGAUAAUUGUACAAUUGCUAACGUAAAUCUAAUUAAACUAACUAGUAAAUUAA